UGCUGCUGAAUUCCGAUGGACGCGCCGGCAACGCCAUACCGCGGCCGCCGCAGCAAACGCCAACGCGGCGGCGAGCCCAGCGAGGAGCCGUCGCCCGCGUCCCUCCUUCCCGACUACAUACUGGCCGAGAUCCUCCUCCGCCUCCCGCCGGACCCGUCCUCCCUCCCCCGCGUCUCCCUGGUCUGCAAGCGCUGGCUCCGCCUCGUCACCGGCCCUCUCUUCCACGGCCGCUUCCACAACCCCGGCGGCCGCCGCGCUCCCCUCCUCGGCUUCUUCCACAACUCCUUCACCCUCCCCUGCUUCAUCCCCACCGGGAGCGCCCCCGACCGCGUCCCGGCGGAGGCCUUCUCGCUCCGCCGCCACCCGGGCCGCUGGCUCUUCCUCGGCUGCCGCCGCGGCCGCGCUCUCCUCGCCUCACCGUUCUCCGCCUGGCGCCACCUCAUGGUGUGGGACCCCCUCUCCGGCGACCGCCACGACAUCCCCGUGCCGAUAGCCUUCGACCAGCGCUACUUCCGCGGCGCCGCCUUGCUCUGCGACGCCGCCGUGUGCCAUCGCCCCACCCCUUUCCGCGUGAUCUUCGCCUUCGUCGACCAGCUCCGCCUCCCCUGCGCUUGCAGCUACUCGUCGCAGUCCGGCACAUGGGGCUGCGUGUUCUACGGGAAGGCGGUGAUCCCACAAGGUCUCAAAUCAGCGAUGGAAUCGGAUCCUGUACGUCUCGGUGGAGGCAUCUCGGGGGAAAAGAUUUCUGCUAUUGACAUGAGGCCUCCUGUUCCUGUUGGGAAUGUUCUCUACUGGCUGCUCCUUAGAAAUUACAUCCUCGCGUUCAACAUGGAUGCCAAGAACUUGGCUACGAAUGUGAUUGCUGGUCCGGAUCCUGUGUAUUUUCUGAAUGAUUGGAGCGUGCAGAUUAUGCCGGCAGAGGGUGGCAAGAAGCUUGGCUUCCUAGCACUGAAAUGUCUGUGCCUCAACCUUUGGGUGCGUCAGAAACACUCUGGCAGUAGCACUGCAAGUUGGGCGAUCAGCAGGACUAUGAAGCUGGACAUGUUCCUUCCUCCAGAGCUGUUGUCCCUUCGUGGUGGGGUGUUGGCGCAGUUGGCGUUGCUUGGUUCUACUGAGGAUGGUGAUGUGGUGUUUCUACAGACAACAAUUGGUGUCUUCACGGUCCAGCUUGAUGGUAUGAAGUUCAAGCUGGUGCUGCCAGACGAGAAGCUGGCUGUGGUUUAUCCCUAUUCAAGCUUCUAUUUGACAGCUGGUUGUAUUACUUGAGGAAGACCAGUGAGAUAAUUGGACUUGAUCGAAUUCACCUGGCUGCGGGUCUGCGAUGUUGAAUGAAGCAGUGAUACAUCAUGUUCAUUUGCUCAAUACAGUACUACAUCAGUUGGAUGCUUUGUCUGUUCAGCACAUGUUCUUAAAUAACAGCUUCAUAAUUGGUAUACAUCUUUUUCUAGUAGUUUUUGAGCCAAUAGUUGCCCUGUCAAAAUUGGUAUACAUGUUAAUAGGACUGACUCUGGAUAGGUGUAUAUGAAGACUUUUGUGAAUCAGUUGGACUGUACGCUUAUCAAAAUGCAUGUAUGAUACUUCAACUGCUUGCAUAUAUGAUAUCUGAUAGAGCAGCUGAUGCGUCUCAGCUUUCAGCUGGGGCAGUAGAGAUUACUGAAAGUGUCUUUUGCAUGUAACAUUGUGAGGUUUUUAUGCUGGCACCUGGUGUGUGCGCACGCACGCCAUUUGUGAGGUUUUUGCAUGCCAUUGUACGCAUGCUGCAAACAUCAGGUGCUCCAACUUCAUUUACUUGUUGUAUAUUAUAGUACCUUUCAU